AUGUUUGAGCAAUGCGUUACUUCGCUUAGGAACUACAUACGGGAUCGCACAAAUGGAAAAUGUUUUCCUCCAUGGACCUGGCUCUUCGUUAAGCUUGCGUCGCUUCUUUCACGCUAUCCUUCUGGUAUUACAAAAGCCAUCAUUUUAGCAGAGAUUCAACAAUCUUGGAAUCAAUUUAGUCAGUUUCAAGGACGUUUAGAAGGACAGAAAGCUCGUAAGGUCUCCGUCGAUUCAGUGUUUGAAAGCCGACACAUCGGAUACGAGUCAAUUCUGGAAGCCAAAGUUGAAAGUAUUAAUACAGUCCCGGGAACACACACAAAUAUUGCUAUCUUACGUGACCCCAAAGGAAAGAAUUCGCUUGGGAUGUAUAUGCAUCAAAAGCUCUACCAGUUACCAGCAACAUUGAUCAAAAAACACACUCUCCGAUUCACUAGCUGUCGAUUAAUUCAAGGGAAAGGUCUGUCGUUUGCUGGUCAUAAAGUUCACCUCCUACCAUCGGAAAACGUGCUGAUUCUUUGUGGGGAAGACGUCGACGACCUUGCACGCUUUGAAAAGUUUGGCAAUUUCCAAAGCUUUGAUAGAAGCCCUUAUCCCCGUUAUGGCUGUGAUAUAAAGGCUGAAGUUGCAGAUUUGGGAUUUGAAGAAACAAUUCAUUUUCCAAAUGGAAAAACAAGCAUCAAAAGAUGUAUUAAAGUAGUGGACUCAGAGGGAAUUCAUGUCAAUUUCUGUUUGUGGGAUGAGCAGCUUCCAAUGGCUAACUUAUUUCAAGAAGGUGAUACUCUUGCAAUUCAACAACCCUUUGUGGUCCCAAAUCAAGAUGAAAUGUUUGUGUUGGAAUAUGGUCCUGCAACAGUUAUUUUUUGUACAUCACGUGACCCAGUCAGGGAACUUGUCCCAAGUCAGACAGCUAGUACUCAAGGGACCCCUGUGAGUGUAAUUAAAGACAGUCAAGGGAUGCUGGACUAUUCCACAUUUCCUGAACAAAUUUUUUUUAAUGAUAUAAGGUAUGUGUCAACUGCUGGCCAACCAACAUGAGAAAACAGCCAAAAUUUGGUGAUCCCGCCACUACUAGUUUCCCGUGAAAUGACAUCUAAGAAACAAGUGCAGAAAUUCCAUUCUAAUGACAUGUCACUACCCAGUGCCAGAUCCAGACCUCGAGAUAAGGGGGCGCCAGUCUUCCAGUCCCUGAGGUUACUGGCCAACUAGUAUUUAGUUAUCUUUUAGACAGCUAUAGGUGGAGGAUGAGGGCUAGCUAUGUUGAUGUUGAUCAUUAAAAGCUGACAGACAAAUAAUCUCUCAAUUUGUUAUGUUGUGGGCUCUGCAGCUAUGUACAUGUACGGUACUUCUGCAACCAGUAAACCCCUCUUAUUGUUUUACUGGUCCUGGUUUAAAAGUUAUCAAGACCUUUCAGAAACUGUAUCAGGGCUGUGCUCUAGCAGGGUCUGGUGGCCCCUUGCGCCUAACUUUUGCCCUAGGGCGACUAGAAAAUCUCAGAUUUUUCAUACAAAUCAUAUGCCGGGCACCCUAGAUUUUACAGUUUCAGAGCACUGGGCUCCCUUCAAUUUUCCUUAGAGCACAGCCUUGCUGUAUAAUUUACAAAUUGAAUUAUGUGAGUUUUAAAAUAAUUUCCUGAUCUUUUUGUAGGUCAAACAUGACCCGGAUUACAAUUUUCUGCACCAUAACUAAUGUUGGUAUAGUGGAAGCCUUCACUCAGUACAAAGUCUCUGGACACAAGUUUGUUCUCACUGCAAAAGAUGAUACAGGAAGCGAAACUAUUACCAUCUUUGAUCACACCAGAGAUUAUUUUUAUAUACUAUAUGCAGGCCAAAGCAUUGUGCUGGAGAAUGUUCACACUUCUGGUAUGCCUAAGGUUUUGUCAUAAUCGUAUCAAUGAUAAGUCCAACAUUUGGGGCAAGUAGGCAGGCCUGAUAUAAAUUCGACAUCUUUUACUGCUUUACCAUGCUUGGGAGGAGACAUUAAAUUGUAAAGUGAGGAGGACAUUCAUUGAAGUAACUCACGCAAAAUGUAGAAGAUAAUCUAGCCUGACUUGGCUAGAUUAUGAUCAAAUGGCACUUUGAUCACUUAUGUAUUUUGUACAGGUACGGUAAACUCACACCAAAACUGGAAUCAAAGUCAAACAUACUCUUCUUCUCCCUGUGACAGUGUUACAGACUGCUUUUAUAAAAUAUACUUUGCUUAAGGUGCUAUGAAUAUCAAGGCAAAAUUUCUUCCUUUUAGUGCCUUUCAUCUAAUUUCUAAUUAUCAUUGUUUUAGGGUCUAGUUCACUGAGCUCAGCUCUUGUCCUGGAAACAAGUUCUGGUGGAAGAAUUUGGAAUCUCAGCACAAUGACAGGUUGGCUUUCUACUAAGUGUCUGUUAUCUGCAGUCUCCAUAAAAGAUGCAAUCAGCAGUGAUAAGAGCAUCUGUCAAGCUGUCAUCACACAAGUCAACAGCACUAACAACAGUUAUGUUGUUAGGGUUCACAUGUCAUGCCGCGGCAAAGUGGAUUGUAACGGCUACGCUGGUUAUUUUUGUUGUCAGAGAUGCAGCAUUGAUCAUUUAAAUGAGAUGCUUAACAAACCUGGCCAGCUGGUAAGAUUCUCAUGAUAAUUAUUAUUUACCAAGGUGUCAAUCAUUAUUUUUACCAAAACUGAGUGAUUUUUCACACACUGAUUGGUUGAGAGCUAUGUUCGAUAAGAGUACAGACCAUGGCAAAGACGUGAUGGCAUUGUUUUUUAUCUUUCUUGUGAGUGCAUGAUUUUCCAAGAAACUUCAACACAAAAUGGACGUCAAAACUGCUCAUUUUGACAUUAUUUCUAUGGCCGAUAAGAGUACAGACAGUGGAAAAUUGAUGUCAAUUUACUAAUUUUAACGUUAUUAUAUUUUACUGCUACAGAAAUCCCCCUCAGUGUACUGGAAGUGGCAGUAUAACAUGAGCCUUGAAUUGCACGACUCAGACAGCAGCAUGACAGCACAUUUGACAGAUCAAACAGCAGAACAGUUGCUACAGAUGACAGCAUCACAGUUUGCAGAACAUGUCNUGAGAUGCUUAACAAACCUGGCCAGCUGGUAAGAUUCUCAUGAUAAUUAUUAUUUACCAAGGUGUCAAUCAUUAUUUUUACCAAAACUGAGUGAUUUUUCACACACUGAUUGGUUGAGAGCUAUGUUCGAUAAGAGUACAGACCAUGGCAAAGACGUGAUGGCAUUGUUUUUUAUCUUUCUUGUGAGUGCAUGAUUUUCCAAGAAACUUCAACACAAAAUGGACGUCAAAACUGCUCAUUUUGACAUUAUUUCUAUGGCCGAUAAGAGUACAGACCAUGGAAAAUUGAUGUCAAUUUACUAAUUUUAACGUUAUUAUAUUUUACUGCUACAGAAAUCCCCCUCAGUGUACUGGAAGUGGCAGUAUAACAUGAGCCUUGAAUUGCACGACUCAGACAGCAGCAUGACAGCACAUUUGACAGAUCAAACAGCAGAACAGUUGCUACAGAUGACAGCAUCACAGUUUGCAGAACAUGUCAAGGCCAUGCAAGAACAAGUUGUCGAGUCUGUUUUAGCACAAGAAUGCCUGUUUGGUCUUUCAUUAUUUAGAGGAAGACAUCAGAUUGAUGCUGUUUGUGUCACAAAUUAA